AUGUUCUUGCUCUUGUUCUCGCUAUUUAUUUGUGAUGUAUGUUCCAAAGCAAUGGUAUUUACUGUAUGGGAAAACCAAUCCAAGUAUGGUAAGGCCCUAAGAAGGAAAUACACAGACAACCAAUGUUAUACGAAGCUUGGGGGUUCUAUAAUGUAUCAAACAAUUGCUCCAGUCAAUCCACCAGUAAUUACGAAGUCUGAAUUUACCGACGAUGUUUGCCAAGGUGAUGCAUCACCUGUUUUGGUAUAUAAACCUGCAUUUGAAACAGACUUGGUAAUGAAUGACAUUGCAUUUGUGUCUGAUAUCGACAUUGGGUGUGCACAUAUAAAUGGAAGUUAUGACGGUAUCUACUACACUGACCAGUGCUUUAAUGAUGCCAAACCGCAAAAGUAUCUUGUUGUAAAAGACAAAGGAAAGUAUUACCUGAGAAAUUAUUAUUAUGGUGCAAAUUGUGAAGGACAAUCAACUGGACAAGGUGAUGUCAAUUAUAAGUGCAAUGCAUGUGUUGAUAACGUAUUUGUGAAAUGUUAUGGAGUUACUGACGACCCCGAUGUUCCAGAACCCUCAGAAACUCCAAUUAAUUCUGAAGUAAAACCAGUAGACAACGCAUUCGGUGUUGUUUUGGUUCUAUUUUUAUAUGUAAUGGCUCUUUUCUAA